CCGUGCACUCGACCGACCUGCAUUCUUUCGUGUUCACUCUCUACAAGCCUGCCAGCAGCGGUGAACUUGACUGCUUAUUAGGAACUUGGAAAUUCUAGGAGACUAGGGCGAGUGCGCAAGAAGUAAAGGAGCCAGACGAGCCUGGAAAUGGAGUUAGAGCCAGGGGUCGACAGCUUGCGCGGAUCCGGUGACAGCUCCUGCUGACUGAAGAAAUUCUGUGGAAGGCAACGCCGUCAGGCUGAUCUAGUUGGCUUCUGCAGUCAUGUCAAGACCACGAAGGACAAAGGACGAGGACUAUGACAUGGGCUAUGACCAAGACCAGGACUUCGGAUACGCGUCGCUCGCGGGCGGCACCAAGCGAUGCAACUGCAAAAAGGCCCGGUGCCUCAAGCUUUACUGCGUGUGCUUUGCUGCAGGCGUGUUCUGCAGCGGCUGCGCCUGCCGCGACUGCCUCAACGCUGUGGAGACGGCGGACCUGGUGCACGCCGAGCGCUCCAAGAAGCUGGCGGCCAGCCCGGGGGCGUUCGCGCCCAAGGUGGGGGCCAAGGGAGAGGGCGAGCUGGCGCACAAGAAGGGGUGCCGCUGCCGCCGCAGCCGCUGCGUCAAGAAGUACUGCGAGUGCUACGACGCCCAGGUCUUUUGCGGCGGCAACUGCCGCUGCGAGCAGUGCCAGAACAUGCCUCGCGGCGGCGCGCCGCCACCGGGCCUGCCGCCGGCGCUGUUGCAGCACCACCCUGCAAUGGGGGCGCCGCUGUCGCUGCCGCUUGCGGGGGCAUUGCCCAGCGGCCUGCUGCCGUCGCAGCUGCUGAUGCGGUCCGGCUCUGGUACGGCCGCCGCCGCCGCGGGGCCCGGGGGCUUCAACCUUGCAGCCCUGGCCGCCGCCGCUGGCGCCGGGGCCAGCAGCAGCGGUUUGGCGAAUCAAGGCGGCGCAGCGGCGUCGGCAGCCGGCGGCGCGUCGGCAGCUGGCACUGCGGCUGCUGCGGCCCUCAUGCUCGAGAAGGCCUUUGGCGGGCAAGCCAUGGUUGACCCGCUUGCAGACAUGGAGGCCAGUGGCGCCGACGACGACCCCCAUAUAUUGCCGCGGGACCCGCUGGCCGCAGGGCGCGCAGGCAGCAGCGCUGGCGGUGGGAAGGCCGCGGGUGCGGGCGCAGCUGGUGGCGUCGGCGGGGUUGCGGCUCGCGACGGCGUCCGAGCGGGCCUCCCGGAGCGGCAGGGGCAUGCUGUGGGCGGCCCGGCCGGCCCUGCUGCCGUGGCGGCGCCGCGACCAGGGCUGGCGGCCAGCCUUGCAGGGCUGGGCAUCAACUUGGACUCGCCCAGCCUAGCUGGCAUCACUGCCGCCGCGGCGGCAGGAGCGCCAGGCGCUGCCGCGACGACGACCGCGGCGCCGCCGGCGCCGGCGGCGACUGCCACCGACAUGGCGGCGGCGGCAGCCCUGGCGGCAGGCGAGGCGGUGAGCGGCCUCCCGGCCCGGUGGUCGGCGCCCUUCCUCAACAGCCCAGACACCGCCACUGCGGCCGCGGCGGCAGCGAUGGUGGCUGAGGAGGGAUCGGGCGGCCCCGCCUCCCAGGACGCGCACGGCGCCUCCCGCAACCCCUUCAGCAGCGCCUUCAUGUCGCGUGCCGCCGCUGAGGCCGCAGCGGUGGCGGCGGGCGGCUCCUCGAAUCUUGACGGCGCCCGGCAGCGCGGCAGCAGCGGCGGCAGCGGCGGUCGCUGCAGCAGCGACGGCGCGGAAGGCGCGGCCGGGCCAGGCCAGGCGGCCGGCUGCAUGGGCGGCAGCAGUAGGGACGCCGCGCGAGAGCGCGUCACGCGGCGAAGCAGCAGCGACCCCGAAGACGCCGGGCCGGGGGUAGGCGCCCGGCGUGAACGUGGUGGCAUCGACGGCACCGGCAGUGCCCUGCCGCUCAUGCCCGCGCCGGCCGGCGAUCCGGCCGCCGUGGCCGCCGCUAAUGCCGGCAUCGAUCUGUCGGUGGCGCCGCUGACGAUGCCGUCGGCGCUGGCGUUGGUGCCCGGCGGCAUGAUGGGUGGAGGUGGCGGUGCCGCAUCGGCCGACGGUGUGGCGGCCCUGCAGGGCAUGGCCAGCGCGGCCGCGCUGGCGGCGGCGUCAGCCGCCGCCGCUGUUGCGCAGAGCGUCGCGACGGCCAUUGAGGCACGGAACGCCAGCGGCGGUGGAGCCGGUAGCGGCGCCGGCAACUCUGCAGCGGCGCCGCCGCCUGGCGACGUGCCAGGGGCCGCGGGUGCUGCUGCGGGUGCUGCGGGCGAGGCUCUGACGCUGGAGAUGGUGGUGGCGGCCCCCGCGCUGCUGCUGGAGGACCCGGCGCGGGCGGAGGAGGUGGCGGCGCGGGUGGGGCUGGACGCCACUUUGCAGAUGGCCGCCAGGAAGGCCGCCCACAUCCUCAAGUCGUUGCUGCACAUGGCCCAACGCGCGUGCCCGGUGGACCAGAUGAUGAUGAUGGGCGGCACCGCCUCGGCCGCCACCGCCGGCACUGCCGCCGCUGCGGGCGCCGCCUUCCCAGGCGACGACGCCCUGCAACAACAGCAGCACGCCUCCACCGGCUUCCCCGGCUUUUCCGCGCCAGUUGCACCCUCGGCCUCGCAUCUCGCGUCGGCGGCAGGCGCGCUGCCGCACGACACACAGCAGCACCAGCUGCACCUACAGCAGCACCAGCACCAGCAGAAUCAGCUGCAGGCAUACGGCAGCGGCGCGCUGAGUCAGCCGCCGUCGCUGCAGCACCUGGCCAUCCCGCCGCUGCACGUGCCGGCGCCGGCGCCCGACAACCUGAGCCAUAUGCCAUAUAGCCACAUGAGCUACAGCCACAUGCAGCCACACGGGCAGGAGCUGCACGCGCAGCCUAGCCUGCACGCGCCGCUGCCCUCGCUCCAGCCGCAGCCCUCCGGAACCGCCGCCGCCGGCAGCGUGGGCGGCGGCGCACCGGCCACCAGCCUCCUGCCCGGUAGCUCCCAGCAGCUGCAGACGCAGCCCAGUGGCGGCGGCAUCCGCUCGCUGCACCGUACCGGCAGUGGCGGCGGCGCUAUGCGGCUCGGCAGCGGCAGCUUCCGCUUCGGCGGCGCCGGGGGCCCGACGCCCGCGGCGACGCGUCCGGAGCCGUCGGCGGCGGAUCAGCCGUCCGCGGCGCACCACACCUUGCGCACCAGCAACCACAGCACGGCGCUGCCAGGGCGGCGGGGGAGCGAGAUGGGGCAGCCGCCCCUAAGCGCCUCCGGCGCCGGGGCGCGUAGCGGCGCAGGCUUUGCUCCCACCAGCAGCGCACAGCGGCACCACAACCACCACCACUACACCAACCACCGCCGCCAGAGUGACGCCACCAACGGCGGCACCGACGCGGGCGGCGGGCUGCGCCGCGGCAGCCGCGUCAAGCGGCCCAACUCCCUCCUGGCUGACAUGGAGAUGCACCACGACCUGGACCCGGACUUUGACCCCAGCGCCGCCGGCCCCGACGCCGCCGGUGCCUGCCGGCAGCACCACCACGCCCACCUGCCCCAGGGGCCGGACCGGCGCCUGCCGCACACCAGCUACGUGUUCGGCACCGCCGCGCACGCGCUGGGCCGUGGCCGCAGCUCUGCCGAGCCGCCCUCGCCCAAGCGCAGCCGGCUGCAUGGGGACGAGGGCGCAGGGGGCAGCAGGCGUGGGGCGGCGGCGCGGCGCCGCCGGCGCGGCGGGCGGGGUGGCGGCGCCGGCGCCGGGUACGACAGCGGCGCGACGUCGGAGGAGUACGACGACUUGUUGGCGGAGGUGGAGGAAGAGGAGGAGCUGGAGUUGGGGGAGGCGGAGGAGGUGGUGUGGGGCCAGCGGCAGCGGCCGGCUUCCAUGCGAGGCAUUUCCCAGAGCCCCAUCAUGCGGCGUCGCAGCGAGCUGUCCAACGGCCCGCUCUCCAGCGGCGGCGGCGGCAGCGCCCUGCUACCCCCCUCCCUGCUGGGCACCAACGGCGGGCCCAAACCCAACUCCAUCAUCUCGCCCUUCGGCCCCGGUGCCAGCCUAGGCACCCACCACACCUACGGCGGCGCCACUGGCUCGGCUUUCCUUAGUGGCGGAGGCGGCGGCGGGCCCCGACCCACCACCUCCGAAGCACGCACCGGCGCGGGGGGCCGCAAGCGGCGCCUGUCCUCCGGCACAGCAGCGCGGCGCACCAGCGUUGAUGGCGACUACUUCGCAGGCGGCGGCGUUGCUGCUGUGGCGGGUGGCCGUGGCGGCGGCGGUGGUCCGCAGCGGAGCUGUGGUCUGGCUGCUGCGGAGGCUGAGGGUCUGGGUGUGGGGCUGGGCGCCGACGGCGACAGCUCCGAGCUGGAGGCCAUGCAGGCGCUGGUGGGGCUGGCCACCGCGCACUGAGGCACUGGGGCACUGGGGCGGAGGGGGCGGGAGAGGGAGUUGGUAAGGUGGGCGCGGCGGGCCGGGCCGAGGGAUAGGAGGGCCGGUUGGCUGGGUGGAGGACCGCUGACGGACGCCGUGAGCGUGGAGGCCUCGUGCUUGGGUGAACUGUGGGGCUUCACUGCAGCGGCGGUGUGGGCAGGAGGGGCGGGAGCAGGAGCCGGUUCUGCCACUGUUGCAGGCCCGGCGUAGGUGUUUGGUGGGCGGUGGUAAGCGGGGCAGACAGUUGGCGUAUCGGGGCCGGGUGCUUUCACGCACGCGGCAGAGGCUAGGAGGUGCUAGUGCAGAUAAGGUCGGUUACUGUGAAGAUCGAGAGGUGCAUGCAAGCAUACAUGGUUAUAAUAGUGGAUGAUAGGCCGAUCACGCCCCCGCAUUGACACAGUGUCACGCGUUGCAGGUUUGCGCGCAGAGGUGAGGUCUUGCCGGGCUGAUGUGGCAGGAUGCUGGCGUGUUGAGGUAGAGGAAGGGCGAGACAGGUCGGCAUGCGCAUUCAAGUUGACGCGCGGGAGUUUAGGCAGUUCAUGGCGGGGUCCUUUCAGAGUCAGAAGCGCAGAGGCACGGUGCGGAUCCAUUGAUCCGCAAA